CCGCCCUCCACAGCCAACCAACCCACACGGCAGUCUCCGUCGUCAAAACCUACACAACGCCCACUUCCACGCACCCCAGAGGCUCCAGUUGCAGCCAGCUCCCUUGCACCGAGGACCGGACAGCCGCAGCGCGCACUCGCUGUUUCGCCUUCAGCCUGGCGCGGCCCUCCACACCGCCCUCGGGGUCUGCGCUCGGCAAUAAUAAUCAUUAUCUCAUCUGGCGUCCUGCCAUGGGGUCAACAGCCAAACUCUGUCCGCACGACGCCCUCGACUGCUGCUGAUCAGAUGCCUGUGUCUGACUCACUCGUGGAACCCAGAACCUAGCUCGGCUCCCCUUCUGUCCGCAAAGUUAAUACCUGCUUCUUCGUCGUGCAGGGCUCCCAGCAGCGACAGGAGAGGCUUGCGCUCGGAGAUACCGCAAAUCACACACGUCCCACUGGAUUUGAGUUAAGCUGACUUUUCAUAUUACUUCUUCCUUGUUCUAUACAAUUUUUUUCUAUCGCUCCAGGUUACCUCUAUUUCACCUUUUCUUUCUUGCUAUUCGACGCGCAUCGAGUACCAUUCUAUCUUCCUUUCUAUUUACUCUUAUCUUUACUGCUUUCUUCCAGCGAUCGAGUAUAUCCCUACGAUCGCUGGGGUAAGCCACUCCCGCGCGCAAAUCAGGCCUAAUAUAGCUUCCUCCUUUCCAACCACAUCACGUCAUGCCCGCUCAAUCUAGCCCCUUGCAGUCUACCCCGACCGAGAAUACCGAAGAUGAUCCGACAGCGGCAUCAGAUUCACAGUAUCUGCACGAUGACGCCGAUGCCUCACAGAGUCAGGAUGUCUUGGUCAGAGAUGGCGCCCCUGCGCUGGAUCUGAAACAGAUCAAGGGGCAUAAUCCUAUGCAGAAAAGGCGACGGGUGACGCGAGCUUGCGACGAAUGCAGACGCAAGAAGAUCAAGUGCGACGGCAAACAGCCGUGCACCCAUUGCUCCGUGUAUAGCUACGAGUGUACGUACGAUCAACCGUCGAAUCGCCGUAAUCCUGCACCGCAAUACAUCGAAGCCCUCGAAUCCCGCCUCCAUAAGGCAGAAGCCCUCCUCCGUGUAGUCCUUCCGGACCUUAACCUUGACGACCCGCGAUUUGACGUUCAUGCCACCGAACAAUUACUUGCUGCCAUCAAGAAGGACAAGGUGGCGCCUUCGGUUGCGAAACCGCCUGCGGGGACAAAACCUGAAUCCGGUGCUGACCCACUGGAAGAGUCAUUACUCGAAUCAAUGGUCGAUAACUCGGGCGCUCUGGACUUGGAUGAUCAGGGCAACUGGGACUAUCAUGGCCACUCGUCCGGCCUGAUCUUCAUCCGGCGGCUCAGGAAUCAGCUCAGCAACAGUGACGCUCAGAGCGCGUUACCUAACUUCCGCCCUCCGCCUCAGAUGCUCGAAAGCCCUAAGUCAACGUUGGAAUCACCGGACUCAAACGUCGCUCCGACGCAUGACUUACCGUCUAGAGCGGUUGCUCGGAGACUAUGCCGUAAUGCUUUGGAAGUUGGCUGCGCCUUAAUGCGAUUCGUGCAUGAGCCAUCGUUUUAUGCAAUGUUUGAUCGCAUCUAUGAUACGCCACCCGAGCAGUACACCAACCAAGAGAAUUCCUUCCUGCCAUUUCUCUAUAUUGUACUGGGAGUUGGCUGCUUGUUCUCAGGGAACGGAGAGGACACUUUGGAUCUGUCAGGGUACGAGAGUGCUAUCGGCCAAGGGUUUCACUUUUUCAAAGCCGGGCGACAACUUCUGGACAUCACGGACUGCCGCGAUCUAAGCUCACUGCAGGCAAUCUGUUUUAUGGUGAUCUUCCUUCAAUCCUCCGCCAAACUGAGCACUUGUUAUUCCUACGUUGGCAUUGCGCUUCGCUCGGCCUUGCGACUAGGUCUCCACCGCAAGUUCACCGCCAAAUUUAACCCAGUAGAGCAGGAGCUACGCAAGCGUAUAUUUUGGGUAAUCAGGAAAAUGGAUGUUUACGCAAGCACUCUUUUGGGUCUACCGCUGAUGCUUAGCGACGACGAUAUUGACCAAGAAUAUCCUCUGGCGAUCGAUGACGAGUUCAUCACUCCUGAGGGCAUAUUGCCUUCACCGCCGGACCGAACCCCACUGAUGGCUGGCGCGAAUGCGCAUGCUCGUCUCACCGAUAUCAUCAUGAAGGUGGUGCGAUACAUAUACCCUGUCAAAAACCCAAAGUUUCGAUCGAAAUCUGAUAAUAGCUAUAUGGUGAGUCACUCCAAAAUCCGGGAAAUUGAACAGGAUCUGCAGACCUGGAUGGAGGAAUUACCCUCUUCUCUUCGACCUGGAACCGAAGUUUCCCCUCAACUUGAACGCGUCCGACAACUGCUGCGAAUCGGCUAUGCUCAUGUACAGAUGAUCAUGUACCGACCAUUUUUACACUACGUCUCUGGUGGCUCCCAAGCUCGCGGCGUGGAUAAACGCUCCUAUGCUUGUGCCGCUGCCUGUGUUAGUGUCUCCCGCAAUAUUGUCCACAUCACUACAGGAAUGCACAAGAGGGGACUGCUGAGUGGUUCAUUUUGGUUCACGAUGUAUACCACUUACUUCGCAAUUUUGUCCCUCAUUUUCUUUGUCCUUGAGAAUCCCGAUUCACCUACGGCCAAGGACGGUGUCCUAAAAGAUGCAAUGGAAGGAAAAGCCACCCUUGCUGGACUGGCUAAGAAGAGCAUGGCGGCUGAUCGGUGCUCGCAGAGUCUCACUUGCCUUUUCAAGCAUCUUCCUGAAUUGCUCAAAAACCGACAGAGUACAAGGAAUCGUGCCAACCUCAAACGGCCAGCUCCUUCGGACCAAGUCAGAAGUGCCCAAGCGCCUCUAGAGCCUGGACCACCGUUGAAGCGAGUGAACACGUCCUCGACACCAGCAAUCUCCCGCCCAUCAAGACCAGAAUCCAUAAGCAAUACACCCAGAAAUAUAGAAGAGGUCCAUUCGUACAAUAGUACGCCACGGUCAUACGUUCCACCGACAUCGGAUCCUACAACAGAGGCGUUUUCGAUCGCGUCAGAUGCGUUCAUGACGGAUCGUAUCGAUCCCUCGCCGACCACAUCUUCUUAUAACUCUUCUAUGCCCUCACAUGAGCCAUCUGGAUUGUCAUUCACUCAACAGUCUUCAAAUUCGAACCUUCCCGACCUCAUGCCGAUUAUGUUCCCGUCAGAAGAUCCAUUUGCUUAUCCCACGCAGCCUAUGUCUACUCUCGAAGAUGACCAUUUCAAGCAUGGCAAUGGGGCUACUUCGACGCAGUUAGCAUUUAACCCAACGUCCCAGCCGCAGACCGCAUCGGGACCAAUAGGCUUACCUACGACUGGGUUUGAGAACUUCAAUAUACCUGCAUUCCCCAACGGAAAUGCAACAGGUAUGAAUCCAGUCGUAUCGAGUCAUUUCCGACAGCCAAGCCACAGCCAUUCGCAUAGCCAUUCGCGAAGCCAUGCCGCGACACCAGUCAAUGGUGAAGGCGAGAGUCCAGAUCUCGUCUCCAUCCCAGACCAGAAUUUUAUUUUCCAAAGCUUCAGCUUUCCACCACAGCUCAUGAGUGCCGGCCAAGGCUCCCAGCAACAGCAGCAUCAGGUCCCUGCUGGAAGCGGGUCACAAAACUUCGGCAUGAACAUGGACGGAACCAGGCCUAUAGGGACUGGGAUCGACAUGGACAUGGGCAAUGUUCCUCUGGAUGACAUUUUCGGCAACGCAACCGGUAGACCCACGGGCUCUCUGGCAGCGGACGAAUGGAUCCAAUGGAUGGUUUAAUUUUUCAGUAUGGGAGUUUAAUACACCCGGAGUUUUCGUCCACCCUCUCUUGUUAAUUCUUUUAUUCACAUUGUUGCCCUUCUUGAUUCCCCUUUGAUCAUUAUAGCAUUUGGUUUUUAGAACAUUUGAUGCACGGCGUACACUGUUAUUAACAUGAUAUCCGACCACGACUGGAAAUGGGCUAUGGAAAGCAAACUUGGUUACGGUCUAGAAAUAAAUAAAAAUAAAAGAAAAGAAAAAGUGAAUGUUCC